CACAAUAACCCUGCUUACGUUUUCAAAGAAUUUCAUGUCUGUGUUUCUUGAGAAGCGUUUGUCUCCCACUUGCUCUUCUGUCUCUUGGUGGGUGAGAGAAGUGAAGUGCUCCCUUGGAGCAGGACACCAGACUGGCACAUACCAACAGAACGAGGAGGAGUUAGGCAAACAAGGAAAACUCCAUCAAGUUGAUAGAACAGAUGUCAGAAGUACACAAACAAUGGAUGCACAGAAAGUGAAUGGUUUUUCUCCAAAAGAGAAUGGAAGUUGCAGAAGACCAUCCUCUUACUCUGUUGAGACACCCUAUGGAUUUCAUUUAGACCUUGAUUUCCUUAAGUAUGUGGAUGAUAUUGAAAAAGGCAACACCAUCAGGAGAGUGCAGUUUCAACGCAAACAGCGCAGCCAGUAUGCUGGCUCCCUGUCACGCAACCUAAGUUUGCCUGGUUAUGGCUGCAGAACCUCUCAGUGGAACUCCAUUGGCACCUUAUUUACCAAGCCUCCACUUGCAGACUCUGAGAAGACUAGUGAGUCAUCUGGUCUUAUCAGGCAAUCAGAGACUGUCUACAGUUCCUUCAGAUCUGCUGAGAUGCAUGCCACUAUUCAAGCUUUUGAUGAGCAGCCCUUGGGACUUCAUGUAAGACCAAAUUUACUGCGUGCCUCCAGUUUACCCCUGACAGUGUUACUAAGGAAACACUCAGAGUCUACCGAGGACCCAACCAGCCCCAAUGGUUCAAGGGAUUAUCUUGUAGAAGAAAAUGGGUCCUCUGAAGAUGUCUUCCACAGACCAGAAAGAAAGAUUGGAGGGGUGAAUGGGACUCUUCAGCAGCUCAUUGCAGCUUUACAACGGGUGGCAGAACUUGAGGAAGAGGUCAAGAACAUACCAGAACUCAAAGCCCAGCUGUGCAUCCUGCAGGAGGAGCGAGACAGACUCCUCCUCAAAGUCCAAUCCCAAAAUAAUUCUGCAGGGCUCCUGGAUUUAUUUGCAGGUCAACCACAAAGCACAGUUACUUCAGACUCUGUGACACAGCUUUCCAAAGCUGCACAGAGUAAAAUAAAGUCAAAUGAUGAUUGGAUGAAUCGGGAAUAUGAGCAGCUGGAAGAGAAUGUCAAGGCAUCAUCUGAGCAAGUGGAUGCAAUGGUGAUACCCUUAAGAACAGAGAAGGCAUUCAUGGAAAUUGGUGGUGAUGUGCAAGUGACUAAGAUAGUCAGAGAUGUCAAAGAUCCUUUGGAUCAUGGAGAGAAAACCAAGUCCCUUCCUGAGACUCUCCAGAGGAAAGUUGUCAUGCUGGAACAGAAACUCCAUGAGCUAGAGUCAGAAUUGUAUAAAACAAGAGAUUUGCUGAAGGAGCAGAUGCAGGAGAGCUGUACAAAAGAUGAGAGAAUAAGGGAGCUGACCAAAAACACUGAAAAUGUCUGGGUCAGGGCCGAGAGGGGAGUGGUGCACCUACACUGUGUGAACAAUGCAUUGGAGAUUGAGCCUUCAUCCAAAGACACGUCGGUAAAAACAUUAAAGUCAGAACAAUCUGUUGUAGCUUAUUCACAGGAGCCAAGUAACUGUAGCCAAGUGUGUUUAGAGGGGAACCUUAAAACACAUACAUCAGGGAAACCUGCAGGAUCACGUGCAGACAUGGAACACCAUGUGAAAAGAGUACAAGAGCUCCUGCAUGAGGAGUGGGAAUGUCUCUGCAGAGAUGAGUCAUCAGGAAGAGUCCUGCCCUCUGAGCACCUGCCUCCACGUGUCUGCUCAAUCCAAAAGGAGCUGGUUAGUCUUGUCAGCCUACUCUCAGUUUAUGUGUCCUCUGCAGAAGCGGUGCCACCACCAGCCCAAGAGUCCAGGACAGAGGAUCAAAUAUCUGUAGUUGAUAAGUCCAAAGAAGGGGAAAGCACUUUACCAGUCAGUUGUAGAGAGAGGUCUAGUGGAGGACAAGAUGUAGAGGACAGUACUGUAAUGCCAAACUUUUGUGCUCAAGGUUUUGACCAAGAGAUUCUCCAAAUUGACGCUACUCAACCACAGCUGUGGAGUACUACAUUGACCACUACAGAGCAGGCUGCAAAAAGAAACAACCCUCCAGAGACAAGUAAAGGUGGAGGUGACUUAAAAGAGACCAUGACAGAUAUAGAUUUACUAGAGUCGACAAGUGAAGCUCAAAGUCCAGAUGACCAGCCAGUUAAAGAAAAUGCCAAGCAGGACAGCACAUGUUCCAGAGCUGAGUCACAUGAGUCAUCAGAAGGUGAAGGAGGCAGGGAGACAAUGGUUGACAAAGACUUUAUUAAUGCAUGUUACUUCCUGAAGGAACAUAUGGAUGAAGUGGCUGAACCAAAUGAUGAAAUGAGACAGGCUCUGAUGGUCGUCUUCCAGAAGUGGUUCCAUAUAGCUGCUGAGGAGGACUCGUGUGCCAACACUGUUGCUCUCUAUAUCAGUGAAGUGGCCACACAAACGCCAACAGUCCUUCAGUUUCUGAUCAACAUGGUGGAUGACAAUGGCAAUACAGCCCUGCAUUACAGCUUGUCCCAUUCCAACUUCAACAUUGUCAAACUCCUCUUAGACAUGGGCAUGUGUGACGUGGACCUGAGAAACAAAAUUGGAUACACAGCCAUAAUGCUGGCCUCUCUUUUACCUGUGGAUUCUCCAGAGGACAUCAAGGUCAUCCAGCAACUGAUGGAGUUUGGCGAUGUUAAUGCCCGCGUCGGUCAGGUGGGGCAGACAGCUCUGCACCUGGCAGUCAGGCAUGGCCGGGCAUCCACUGUUCGCCUUCUGCUGGCACACGGAGCAAACAUUAAUGCCCAAGAUCGAGCGGGCACCACUGCCCUAAUUAGUGCCUGCGACCGCGGGCACACUGACAUCGUGCGAAUACUGCUCAUGGACCCUGACUGUGAUGUCAACCUAACAGAUAAGGGUGGCCGCAGUGCGUUGUCGCUGGCCACGCAGGCCUCCCACACAGAGAUAGCCGAUCUGCUCAAAGCCCGCACCCACACCAGAGGCCAGGACAAAUGCAAGAUGUCUUAGAGAGAGACGCUGCCAUCUGGUUAUUUAUUUUAUUAACUCUCUUGUAUUUGGCCAUGCAUGCAGAAACCAUUUAUACCCAAGACAGCCUUUCCUUUAGCUGAUUUUCACAUCAAGUUUGUCAUACAACAUUCCAGGUCAUACAACUCAGAUUCUGCAAUAUCUCAUUAAUUUUGUUUACUGUUGUAUAAGGCACUUAUUAAAAAAAAUUUUUUUUUGCUUUUGCUGGGAAUGACACCACAUAUACUGUAUAAUACAUAAAUAUAUUUUGUGUCCAGCCUAAUGUAUUCUCAAAUCAGUUGGAGUGACGAAUAACCAAUGCUAAUUUAAAUUUUGUUAUGCUCCCAAUGUGUUGUAUAAUGUAAAACAUUUUGCACAAUAUGAACUUAUUGCACAAUAGAUGAACUCUGUUGA